CUUCUGAAGCAAGAUGGCGGAGAAAAGCGACUUUAAAGAUUAUCCAUCAGUAUAAAUUUCAGGUUGUCAUAUAACCCUUAAGUAACAGAUGGGUUAUCUCAUCCUUCCUUCUUGAAAGUAUCGAAAGGAUCAAUUUUUCUGUUGGCUAUAUUACGUUCUGGAACAGCGAUGGACGGCGCGAAUUCGAAUCAUUCAUCAGAUGACGUCACUCGGUGAUACAUUGCGGAUGUUUCCUUACCAUGUCGGUAACUACGCUUGAUAAGUUAAAUAUCGAAAUAUCGUAGGGUCGAACGUUCAGAUAACUGGUAUCUUGCAGUCUUUUGGUGAAUUUUAUUGUGACAUGAUCGCGAUGAAGUCGACAAGAAGCAAUAUUUUCUUAAGUGAAAUUGGUAAUUGAUCAAAGAAGUCAAAUUAUACCAAAUUCACAAAGUCCAGGAGGGCGGUCAUUUAUCUAAAUUUACGUUAAAUCGCUUUUCAAACGAUGAAUACUGAAGAACUGGAACUGUUGUCCGACUCCAAGUACCGUCAAUUUAUCAAUGCUAUCGAAAAGGCGCUGAGGAGCUUCGAGUAUUCAAGUGAGUGGGCAGAUCUUAUAUCUGCUCUUGGAAAAUUAAACAAGGUAUUACAAAAUCAUACUAAAUUUAAAGUACUGCCAAGAAAACUCACCAUUGGUAAAAGACUUGCUCAAUGCAUGCAUCCUACUCUACCAAGUGGUGUGCAUCUUAAAGCACUGGAGACAUAUGAACUCAUCUUCAAACGCAUUGGUCACAAAGGUCUGGCACAAGAUUUAUUCAUUUAUAGUGCUGGACUUUUUCCAUUACUUGGAAACGCUGCUAUGUCAACUAGGCCUGUUUUGAUGAACAUGUAUGAGAAUUACUUCCUUUCUCUUGGUAAAGCCUUACUUCCAGGACUUUCUGGGCUUCUUUUGGGUCUUUUGCCAGGAAUUGAAGAAGGAUCUGAAUAUACUGACAGGACUAUUUCACUAUUAGGUUCCUUUAGUGAGAACACUGAGAAGAACAUUUUCUACACCACUCUCUGGGGAUGUGUUUAUUCAUCAGCGAGUAUCCGCCUGCCAGCUGUCACCUUUAUAAUGACGCGACUAAAUAAGAAAGGAGCUGGAAAACAAACGUAGAUCUUAGGAAAUGAUAUACCACUCUUGGUACUUGCAGUCAGCGCUGCUUUAAGAGACAACAGUCUCCUAGUUCAGCGGAAUAUGCUUGAUUUUCUCUUACUUUUUCUUCCGGUGGACACUACAUAUCUCUCGUCCAAUGAAAAAGUGACCCUCGUGGCUUCCGGGUUAGAAGUGCUACUACGACGAGACAUGUCUUUAAAACGGCGGCUGUAUACAUGGCUUUUAGGAACUAACGCGGCCAAGACUGAAUCUGUCUCCAGAACUGAUAGUGUUUGUAGCAACGACGCGGAUCCUGAAGAUCCCGAAGUGACAUUCUUCAGCAUGCAUUCGAGACCACUUGUAAUCGAGGCUGUGCGAAAGAUUUUCCAAACUCAAACCAGUAUCGAUAAGGAAGCCACGAAUGGAGCUAAAAAAUUGCAAAGACUACAAUUGCUGAAACCGUUUCGAUUACUAAUUAGCCUUUUGGACAAACCCGAAAUUGGUGGAUCUAUCUUGGAAGAUAUUCUACUUGAUGUUUUCAGAGCACUGUAUAGUCAGUGUAAAGUUCUCAAAGAAAAUGGAGCUGCCUUCGAAGAGACUGAUCGAAAAGAUUCCUUUGACAAUGCAGCUGUUGAAAGUGGCGCGAGUAGAACCGAUUCUGCAAAGACAAAGCUUAUUGAUGACUUGAUCAAAACUGCAAACUUACUCUUCAACGCCUUUGAGCCUUACUUUAUGUGGGAAUACAUUGCAAAGUUGCUCUCUGACUGCGACAAACUAUCAUCAGAAGGUAGAGCUCUCAAUGAAGGUGACGGCCAAGACUGCAACGGCAAGGCUGGUGAAUUUGUUGCUAAAGUAUCAGUCACAAGCUGCUCUGAAGUGUUUCGUUUGACAGAUUUUAUUUUAGAUGUUGUUACUCUGGAAGCAGAUGUGGAGAUCCAAACGGAGCACUGGCCAGAACUUUUGCGCAGGAUAACGAUGGAAAUGACCAAACGCUGUAACACCAUGGCACUGGGAGAUGUCAAAGAAGGAAUAUCACUGUGCUCCAGACUUCUUUCCAAGGUGAUGCCCUCUAUGAAGACCGUUGAAAAAGAUAGGACUGAGUCUGAGUUAUCCGCUGUGGACAGUAAAAAUCGGAAAAGGGAGUUGCAAAGCUCGUCUGAACAUGAUCUGAACGAGUGGGGUAUUAUAGAGUUAAAACGAACAGAAGAAAAACCUAGCCGCAGCGACAUGCCUUCAGAGACGUCGUUGGAAGGUUCUCCAGAUGGGGUCGUUAAAGAAACAACCGAAAGCGAGGUCUUUGAAGAAGAAGGUAACAAAAUCGAAUCGCUUGUCGCAGCGGGUGAGAAAGAAAUGGUGGCCAUGGCAGAGCAAUAUGAUGGUGAAGCUGAUUUGGCAAAUGUUGAAGACGCUGAUACACAAGACGAACUGGACGAAUGGAGCGACUUUCAAGAAGGCGAGUCUUCAAGUGAGUUAAAUGCCACGAAUCCGGAAAGCAACGAGGAAGAUUCAAGCAGAGAACAAAAGCCAGUUGACAGAUCCGAGGAAAGAAAGCUUUCCAAAGACCCAAAGCGCGUAUUUCAACCCUCUCUUAUUCAAGCCUGCGUGAAAUAUUUUCAGAAUUUCUACGCCAAGUUUUGUGUGCAGCGGGUGCUGAAACAUGUCAGCUCAUUCUGCACGAGCGACGAAACUGCUGGAGGUGUUAUGAACAAAGAAUGCUACACAGCUUUACGAGCCAGUGGGAUUGUUAGUGACGCCAUGUGGAAACAAAUGGAAGAAGGAGAAACUAGUGUGGGGGAUAAAUUUGUACGAGACACUUGUAAACCACAAACGACCCCCAAGGGAAGAAGAAGCAUCACCGCUCCGACUUCGCUGGUUUCCACCUUCAGAUCGGUACAGUCUUUCAAGAGUUGCGCGGAGGCGUUUGCAGCAGCUUGUAAAGUGUUGUUGGAGCUGUCUUGUUUUCCAGUAUGGGCUGGCAAGGACUCCUCAUCAGAGAAAUCAGCGACUGAUGGCAAUGAAGAGUCAAAUCUUCCCGAGUGGCUACAGUCGUUGAUCAUGUGUUGUUUUGAGGUCAGCGAGUUUGACAUCCAGAGUUCGGCUGUUGGUACACUAUUGGACUUAAUCAACUUGACAUUGUCAGUCAAUGCCGGCCACGCCCACGGACUCAAGCCAUCUGCCCCAGUAGUUGUCGUCCCAAUGAUUUCCCGGCAGGCUCUAGGGGUGAUUGAGAAGUCAGAUUUAUACAAGGUGAUAGCAGAAAGCUUGUGGGAUCAGUUGAAAGAAGACACAACACAGUUUCACCAGAGAAUCGUCGAACUAUAUUUGCAACUACACAACUUGACUGCAUCGCCAUCUCUUUGUGCAAAUGUUAUUGGAAACUCUUUGAUAGAUAUCAGCAAGGAGGUAUCUUUNCAAAACAACGUAAAAGGACAUUCAAUUAAAGAAAUUGGAAAUAAGACAUCACCCAAACCGCAGAACAACAGAGAAAAGCAGAAACCGAAGUUAACUUCGGCAAAUACUCGGGAAUUGGACGAAAGCAAAACUACCAGUCCAAGUGGGCCAAGUGAAGCCGAACAUUCGACAGAUACUGACGGAGAUGGAGCCGAUGCAGAUGACGAGAAUGAAGAAAACGAUCCAACCAAGGAUAAAUUAAAGGACACCGAACCAAUGAAAGCCCCACAGUCCCCUCCCCCGCGCAGAUCACAUGUCCACCCUCUCGACCAGCACAAGUUACUUUACAUCUUACGCUACGACUCGCAGUUGACUCUGUACGCGUUCACUACGUUACACACAAUAUUAAUGCGUUCGCCUCACCAGUUUGUAUGCGCUUCAUCCUCUACAAGCAUCAGUUCAUCGAACACGCCGCACCAGGAGAAGAUCAAGGAAUUAUUAAUCAGACACCGACGGUCCUUACUGGGGAAAGGAUUUUAUGGCGCCCUCUACGAGAGCUCUGUUUCUAACUCAGGUUUCGGUUCUUCUUCAGGACCUGCUCAUAGUGCACGACUCUUUGGAGGGCCCUUAAGCUAUCUCAAGCCUAGCACCAGCAAGUACCUUGAGGUGCUUAUCUCUGUAAGUUUGUAUUUCAUUCGAAGCGAGUAUUCCAGUCAUUUGCAAGUUCAACCCGAAGAUAUCGACGGCAAUGUACAGGUGCAACUAGCCAGUACUGAACUGUUACUCGGUGUAAUGUGGCAAUUAAUUGAGGUUGUUAAGGAAAGUGGUGCUGGAGUUGGAACUUAUAUUAGUGACUUGUUCUCGCGUUGUAAGGUUCAAAAAGCCUUGCUUCAUUGUCUUCUUUCGACGCUGUACGAGCGGACGGGUGUUAGGACUUCCAGCAAAGCAACCUCGCCUACCCUGACAUCUGGUCACCUACACGUGAGUUCGGAAAUUAGCCAAUCGCAAGCGCGUGCUUUUCAGAUCAAACUUAUCAAACUUGUCGAGGCGGUUCUGAUUCUCGAGUCAAACAUCCACACCGCUGUAGCCAUUUCUCAAGAGACAGCUGCCGGUCACGGAACNUCAAGUAAAAGGAGGCGGCUCGAGUCCAACGUCGAAGAUAAUGCGUGUUUAGCAAACCAGCUUCCACUAGCUGCUACAGAUAGUGAAGAUUUAACACAUUUUGAUUAUUCUUAUGCCGAUUUCAGUAACGUUGAGCAUGACCAUCCGUACUGUUUAUCACCGGAAAACGAUCAAACUCCAAAACGAUUGUUUGAAAUUCCUGAACCCGAGAAGGUUAAAUCAGUGGGUUGCCAGACUGACAUUAGCACAUCUGAUUUUGAGAAACUUGAGGACGAGGUAAAAAACCUCAAAAAAAGGUUAGCAGACAAAAACACACUGAAACGCGACUUAUUUAUGGAUGAUGUGCUAAAAAAUGACGAUUCAGUGAAGUUUUACACGGGAAUUCCUUCACUGGGAUGCUUCAAUUUAAUUUCAGACCUACUCAAACCGCAAGCUGAAAAACUCAAAUAUUGGGACAAAAACAAGGUCACAGCUCAGCAGGAUCUUUACAACAUGGGUUUGCUUUCUUGCAACGGUAUUGAAAGAGGAACUAGUGCUCUGGCCAAGUCAAGAGGAAGUGAAACGUAA